UGACAAUCGGGAAAUAAGAGCAGAGCCCGGCAAGUUGAGACAAUAGAGCCGUAAACGCUGGUCUACUAACAGCAUUCAAUAUGAUCAGCAACGAAGACCUCGACUACUGCUACGAUUUUGUUCUGAAGCUGACCAUCGAAUCAGGAAAGAUAAUUCGUGAUGCCAUUCAGGGCUCAAAGAAAAUCGAAACCAAAGCUGGAGAUUGGGAUCUGGUGACGCAGUACGACAAAAAAAUGGAGGAGUUUUUGAUAAACAGUAUUGCGAAAGAAUUCCCAAAACAUAAGUUUAUCGGCGAAGAAACAGUCUCCUCCACAAACUCACUGCCCGAACUAACGGACGAGCCAACGUGGAUCAUCGAUCCGAUUGACGGGACCACGAACUUCGUUCAUUCUUUCCCUUUCACCUGUGUAUCGAUCGGGUUGUCGGUAAAAAAGGAACUAGAAAUCGGUAUUGUUUACAAUCCCAUUUUGGAGCAAUUGUUCACGGCUAGGAGGGGGCGUGGAGCUUCUCUGAACGGGAAACCUAUCCACGCUUCUAAAGUAGAGAAAUUGGAGCACUCGUUGCUGUGCCUCGAGGCAUCGUACGCAACGAUUGAGAGUAUCAGAGACACCGUUCUCGGAAGAAUGGAGGCAUUCGUCUCGGUUGCUCACGGUAUCCGGACAAUGGGAUCAGCGGCAUUGACUCUUUGUUACGUGGCAAUGGGUGCAGCGGAAGCUUAUCAUACUGACAAUCUAAUGGCUUGGGACGUCGCCGCCGGUGUACUUAUCAUCAGGGAGGCUGGCGGUGUAGUAAUUGAUACGAACGGUGGAGAGUUUAAUGUGAUGUCACCGAAGGUAGUUGCAGCUGGUAAUCAUAAGCUGGCUAUUGAACUGGUGAAGCUGAUAAAGAAAGCUGAUUUCACAACGUUGCAAAAGAAGCUGUUACACUAAGCAACUAGGAGACAAAACUCAUUUAGACUAAAUUAUUACUUAUGCAGUAGAGAUAACAUUAAAUUAAAAACUUCAGUAAUAAAAGCUUCUCCUAAAGAAAUCUAAUCUUAGUGUUAGGUAAGUGCCGGACGGGUUCUUAUUAACGUUAACAGUGUUAAUCACUGACAUCGAUAGUUAACAAUAGACGGUGUUAUCAGUUGCAUAAGCGAUGUGCAAACCUGUGAAUCAUGAACAAAAGUUCCCUGACAAUAAUGCA